CUCAAUUCAAAACGCGCAGACGGUUUUGACGCCGGUGCGCGUGGGAACGAGAGGUAUUUAACUCCCACCGCCCAUUGACUUGCACUGUUAUCGCUGCACACGACUGCACAAGAAAGCAAACUCCCGCCCGAAUCUUCACCCUAGUGGGGUACGCUUGCAGCGCAGAAAAAAUUACCUCAACACCUAGUCUACCCAUUGUUACCUCGUCCUGAGAAAAAGCAAUUGCGCAGCUUGAGAUAGCUAUACUAAAGCUGUGGUUUCUCUUCGACAGGUAUCAGGCCAUUGCUCACCUCCCCUUUUCCUUCUGUCACUUGUAGCUUCACUGUGACACAGCGCGCAACAUGUCCACCCCGCAGUCUGCCCGCGCCCUCAGCAUCAACAACAUCAACCCGCACGUCAAGGCCGCCAAAUAUGCCGUCCGUGGCGAGCUAGCUGUGCGGUCCGAGGAGUAUCGCGCGAAGCUGGCCAAAGGGGAAGGCAAGGACCUGCCGUUUGACACCGUCAUUGCUGCAAACAUCGGCAAUCCCCAGCAGCUGGACCAAAAGCCGAUUACCUUCUUCCGCCAAGUGGCUAGUCUUCUCGAGAAUCCACUGCUCUUAGAGCACGAGGACGUGCUGAUCAACAGCCUGGGGUACAAGUCAGACGUGGUUGAGCGGGCCCGAUGGCUGCUGAAGGAGGUGAAGAGCGUGGGAGCAUACAGCCAGAGCCAGGGUGUGCCGGGAAUUAGGGAGAGUGUUGCAAAGUUCAUCGAGAGGCGUGACGGAUACCCGGCUAGCCCCAAGGACCUCUACCUCAGCAAUGGAGCCUCGUCUGGUGUCAACACCCUCCUCCACAUCAUCUGCCAGAAACCCUCCACCGGCAUUCUCGUUCCCAUCCCUCAGUACCCCCUCUACACGGCCACUCUCGCUGUGCUUGACGCGGUAUGCGUGCCAUACUACCUCGAGGAGGCCCGUGCCUGGGGAACUGAUCUCGAGGCGAUCCGCAACUCCUACAGCAAAGCCGUUUCCGAGGGCACUGACGUCAAGGCCAUCGUAAUUAUCAACCCCGGAAACCCCACUGGUGCGAGCCUACCAGCUGAGGACAUCAAGGCCGUGCUAAAAUUCGCGGCGGAGAAGAAACUUGUCGUCAUCGCCGACGAAGUCUACCAAACUAACGUCUUUAUCGGCGAGUUCAUCUCGUUCAAAAAGGCCCUGCGUGACCUGCAAAAGGAGUCUCCCGGAGAAUUCGACAACCUCGAGCUAGCCUCGCUUCACAGCGUUUCCAAGGGCAUGGUUGGCGAAUGUGGCCAUCGUGGCGGGUACUUCGAGCUUGUGGGCUUCGAUCCGGAGGUUGCGGCGGAGAUUUACAAGUUCAUUAGUAUUCAGUUGUGUCCGCCUGUCCUCGGCCAGUGCUUCGUCGAGCUUAUGACCCAUCCGCCUGUUGAGGGCGAGCCCAGCUACGAGCUGUACAAGUCUGAGUUCGAUGGCAUUUUCAAUGGCUUGAAGGAGCGGGCUUAUGCGUUAUUCGAUGCGUUCAAGCAAAUGGAGGGUGUGGAAUGUCAAACCCCUGCCGGCUCCAUGUACCUCUUCCCAACCAUCACCAUCCCCCCCAAGGCCGUCGAGCAAGCCAAGAAAGAAGGCCGCCAACCAGACGAAUUUUACUGCUUCCGCAUGCUCGACGCGACGGGUGUGUGUGUUGUCGCUGGCUCCGGGUUCGGGCAAAAAGAAGGCACCCUACAUUUCAGAACGACGUUCCUCGCGCCGGGGACCGAGUGGACGGGCAGGAUUGUCAAGUUUCAUCAAGAUUUCAUGGAGGAGUUUAGGGGUUAGAAUAGUGAGGAGGGUGAGUGCAUGGAAGAGGAGGGGAUGUGUGAUAAAACAGUGAACGGGACGAGAGGGAAUAGGAAGAGGACGAAAUGCCUGGAUAUCUGGUCUAUCAUUUGAGGGUGGAUGUGCAAUUAUUUAGAUUCUGGAUGUGUGUUAUGUAGCAGGACAUUAGAUAUAGCUGCCUCUGAUCUAAGGCGGGAAUCUCACCUUCCUGAUUGAUUGACACCCUAGUUUCCGAUCCUGGUUAGAAAACAUGGCUAGAAUAUGCCCAACCACAGUUAAUUUAACU